AUGAAGAAGCAAAAAGAUGAAGAGGACGAAGAAGAAGAAGAAGAUGAAGAAAAGGGAGAGACGUGUUAUAAUAAGGAUUUAAAAAAUGAGUAUAAUAAAAAAAUUAUAAAUAAAGAAGAAAAAUAUUUAAAUAAAUUUAGAAUAUCUAAUAUAUUAAAAUGUGUUAAUAUUUUUGAUAAGAAUAUAUCAGUAUAUGAAUAUGAAAAUAUAUUAAAAAAAAUGUUAAUAAAGAAAAAAGACAAUCAUAUAAUAAAAAAAAAAAAAAAUCUAAAUAAAAAGGAAAAGGAAAAAAAUGAUGAUUAUCAAAGUAUUAAAAAUAUUCAAAAUAUUCAAAAUGAUUAUAUGUGCCAUAUUAACAGUAAUAUAAUUAUAAAUACAGAGAACCAAAAUUAUAAGCAUGACAUUAAUAAUAUUCAACAAUAUAUAAAUAACGACUGUCUUGAUUAUAAUUAUAGUAAUUACAUAAAAAUUAAGAAUCAUAAUUUGUUGAAUAAUAAUGAACGUAUCAAGGGCUAUUCUAGUGAUAGUAAAAUAUAUUUUGAAAAGAAAAAAAAAAUUAAAUUUUCUAGACAAAAGAAAAAAUAUAAAGAACUUCCUAAUGAUAUAAGACCUCUAAAAGGAGAACAAAAAAAUAAUAAACUGUAUGAAGAAUAUGUGGAAGGUAUAUCUUGUAAUAAUCUACUUAAUAAUGUGAAUAAUAAUUUAUUAUAUUUUAAUAACAUCAAUAAUAUUAAUACAUCACAUGAUGAGAAUUUUUUAGAAAAGGAAUAUAUUACAAACACAUCUAACUAUGAAUACUAUACAGAUAAUAAUAAAAAGAAAAGAAAACAAAUGAAUAAAAUUUUAUAUAAAUUAGAACAUCUUAAUAAAUUGAACAACUCUGAAUCGAAUGAACAUCAGGAGUGUUUAGAUAACCAACAUAAAAAUAUUAAGCAAGGAGGAAAAAAUAAAAAAAAAAGAAAAAAAAAAAAAAAGAAAAAAGAAAAUGUAAAUAAAUAUAUAUUUAUAAAUGAAGAAAAAAAUAAAAAUUCGGAUGAAAUGCAAAAUGUUAAUAUGAUAAAAGCUUCUAAAAAAAAAAAAAAAAAAAAAAAAAAAACAUAUAUAAAUGAUAAUAUUGUAAUAGAAGAAAAAGAAAGAGAAAAAUAUAUGAAUUCUUUAUUACAUUCUCCAGAUUUAAUUGUAAUUAAUCAAGAUAAAAAAAAAAUAAACAAUAUGAAUAAUAACAUGAAUAAUAAUAUGAAUAAUAAUAUGAAUAAUAACAUCAAUAAUAACAUCAAUAAUAAUAUGAAUAAUGAUAUAUAUGUAGGUGAUAAUAAUAUACAAGAAAGUUGUAUAAACGAUGAAUAUAAUAUAAAUAAUAAUCACCAUGACCUUUCAUCUCAUGAUCAAAUUAAUAAACAGAAUAAAUCUUUUCAUCGAAUUAAAGGGAAAAAAAUGACGAGCCAUUUGAAACAUCUUUUAUUAUGUAAUAAUAUAUCAUAUAUUAAGAAAAGUACAAAUAAUCAUAAAGACAAUAUUUUUAAUAAUAAUAAUAAUUAUUAUUAUGAUGAGAAUGAUAUAAAUAAGAAAAAAAAAAAAAUGGAUGAAUAUAUUAUUGACAGUAAUAUAAAGAAUGAUAACAUUAUUAUAGAUACAAAAAAUUCAGAGGAACGUAAUAAUUUAUUAAAUGAUCAAUGUGAUCAUAUAAAUAUAUAUAGUGAUAAUAUGGAUACAUUAUUGAAAGAUAUAAAAGAUGAAAGUGUAAAUAUAUCAUCUGAUGAAUAUAUGGACAUGAAUAAUUUGUGUUAUUAUUCAAAUGAUAAUAUAUUAGAUAAAAAUAAUAUAAUCAAUAUGCGAAAUAUGAAUAAUAUUAUUUUAUCUGAUAACAAGCAGAAGAGUAAGAGAGCAACUCAUCAAAAAGAUAAUAGCAUUGUAGUAAGAUCUAAAAGUAUUGAUUCGAUUAAUGAUAAGAAUUAUAAAUCUUUAAAAAUUGAGACAACUAAUAAAAAAAGUAUUUUACAUAAUAAUAAUAAUAGUAUUUUAUAUGUAUCUAACAUUGAGAAUAAUAAUAUUAAAGAACAAAAGGAGAGUCAAACAAAUAAUAUAAUAAAUAAGGAUAGUAUUUAUAAAAAUGUUGAAAAUAAUGAUGCAUUAAGCAGUUCCUUGUCUAAUACUAUAACACACACAAAUAAUAUAUAUGAAAAAAAUAUAAAAAAAAAAAAGAAAAAUAAAAAAAAAAAAAAAAAAAAAAAGGAAAUAAAACAAGACACAUUGAAAGAUAAUAUAAAUAUAAAUCAUGAGGGAAAUGGAAAUAAUGAUUCAACAAAUAUUGAAGAAGAGAAUAUAAGUGAUCAUAAAUAUGUUUCAAAAGAGGACAUAAAAAAUAAAAAUCAUAAUAAUAAUACUAAUGAGGAUAAUUCCUUUAUUGGGGUUACACAAAAUAAGGAAGAAAGAAAGAAACAAAAUUAUUUCCAAUUUAAUAUGUUGAAUAAUAUAUUUAAAAAUAAACUUUCUAUAAAUAAUUCUUUUUAUUGUCUUAAUACAGAUUAUAUAAAUAGUGAUAUAAAUUCUUAUGAAAUAAAAAAAAAAAAAAAUAUAUCCAUGUGUAAUAAUACAACUGACGGAUAUGCCAUUAAAAAAUAUGAGUCUUUAAGUGAAGAAAAUUAUAAGAUGGAAAAAAAAAAAAAAAACUUUUCUUAUCAAAACGUAGAAAAAAUAAAACAUAAUAAUAAUAAGGAGAAUAUAUAUAAUUAUUAUAAUAACAAAAAUGAAAGUAAGGGUACUCCUUAUUUUGAUGAUUAUAAAUCGAAUAAUUUUUUAAAUGAUUAUAAUGUAUCUAAUAAUAUAGAAGAACAUAAAAUAAAUAGAUCCACACAUAAUGAUGAUAAUACAAUACGAAGAAAUAACUAUCAUUUUUAUGAGCAUAAUAAAUCUAUUGAUGAAGAUAGAAAUUAUAUAAUAAAAAAGAAACAUCAUAAAAGAGAGGAUGAAAUGGAUAUAAUAAAUGAUAAUAAAGAAAUAUAUAUAAAUAACAAUAAUCAAACAUAUAAUAAUAAUAAUAAUAAUAAUAAUUUUCUUUAUAAUUAUCAUGCAAAAUAUGAAAUGUAUAAGAACAAAUUACCUUUUUAUAAUAUAAACAGAAAGAAACAUAAAUAUUUAAAUAUAAAUAAUUAUAAUAAUUAUAAUAAUGAUAUAAGUAAUCAUGUUGAUAUAUAUAAUAACAAUACAUAUGCUAUAAAUGAUUCAUCUAAUAAUUAUGAUGAACGGAAAAAAAAAAAAAUGUUUUCUUUUAAUUAUAAUAAUACAUUAUAUUAUUCUAAUAAUCAUAAUAAUAAUAGUAAUUAUUAUAAUAAUAGUAAUAAUUAUUAUAAUAUUAAGAGUGGUAUGUGUUCAGGGUCAGUAGAUUCUUAUUUUCCAUAUGACAAUCAUACCUGUGUGAACCCAUUUUCUUCAAACAACAGAAUAGAUUAUAUGAAAUAUGUAGACACUAAUAAAAGUAUUAAUAGUAAUGAAAAUGUAGUUAACAAUAAAAAUUAUGAUCAUAUGAUACAUAAUACAAAUAAUAUGGAUAGUAUUAAUAAUAUAAAUCAUUUAGAAAAUUUUUAUGGUAAUAAUCAUUCUAAUUGUUUUAAUAACUUUACAUAUUCUAGUUUUAAUAUUAAGAAAAAAAAAAAAUAUAAAGACAUAUAUAAUACACAUAAUCAACAUAUUUUUACUACAAAUAAAGAUAUAAAACCUUAUAAUAAAAAAAAUAUGAACUUUAUUUUAAAUAACAUGCAAGAUUUAUAUAAUAACACAAAAUCGUCAUUAUAUGUAGAUAAGUAUAGAUAUUAUUCUAGUUAUAUAAAAAAAAAUAAUAAAAUCAAAGAUGACACAUCAAUAUAUAACAACAACAAUAAUAACAAUAACAAUAAUAAUAUUAAUAAUGUGAAUUAUUCUUAUAAUUGCAUGAUGAAUAAUUAUUAUGCUAAUAAUUUUUUUUUUUUAUAUAACAAUGAUUAUUACGAACAUAUUAAGAAUAAUGAUAGUAUGGUUAUUAAAAAUAUGGCUGAUAAAAAUGAUAAGAAUGUGGUUAAAUAUGUGCAUCCAUAUAAUAUAAACAAUAUGAAUAAUAUCAAUAAUAUGAAUAAUAUGAAUAAUUUGAAUAAUUAUAGUCGUUGUGAUAGUAGAUAUUUUCUUUAUAAAGAUACACAUGUAGAUAAUAAAAUGAAUAUACCUCAUGAGAAUUAUGAGAAAUCUUCAGAAAUAUCAGAUAAGAGAAAAAGAAAUAAAAAUUAUUUUGAAAAUACCUUUAAAUAUUACAAUGAUAUUCAUUUAGAUUAUUCCUCAUAUGGAAUAAACAAUUCAGAUAAAGCAAAAAAUAAUAGUUAUCACUAUGAUCAUAAUAAUAAUGAUUAUCAUUAUUAUUUUUAUAAUAAUCCUUAUCAUUAUUAUAACAAUAAUAUUUAUUACGAUAAUAUUUAUAAAAUCUCAUUAUAUAAUAACUACACAAAUAAUAAUAUGAUAUACCCUUAUCCAUUUUUAUUAUCUCAACAAUACCUUCAAGAUUCAAAUUAUAUAUAUCCAUUUAAUAAAGAAUAUGCAACCAAUAGUAUUCAUAACAAACAUUUUAAUAUUCAUCUUAAUGAAAGAGAUAAUCUUAAAUGUUCUUAUAAUAAUAAUAAUAAUAAUUCAUAUUUAGAAUAUAAAAAAAUUAAAAAUAAUAAAAAAAAAAAAAAAAAAUUUAAUAAUUAUACUAUUGAAAAGAAUCAACAUACAUGUGUUCAUAAUAAUGAAAAAAAUAAAAAUAUUUUAUAUAAUAUGAUCAAUAGGACAGAUCAAAGAAACAUGUUGAGAAAUAACCUAAGUAAUGAUAAUAAUGAUGAUAAUAUAAAAAAUAAUAAAUUGGAUAGUCAAGAAAAAAAACAAAAAGAUGCUGUUGAUGAAUAUGAACAAUGUAUUGCUGAAGUUGUUACAUCUUCAUCAUCUCUUAAUAAAAUAAAUUUUAAUGAAUCAUUAAAAAAGGAUAGUAAUAAAAACAAAAACAAAAACAAAAACAAUAAUAAUAAUAAUAAUAAUAAUAAUAAUAAUUACAUUAUUUAUAAUAAUGUUAAAAUAAAUAAAUGUGGUGAGAAAAACCAAACAUUAUUAACUUCAAAUGAAGAUAACUCUAAGGAUACAAACAACUGCAUAUAUGAUAAAGAAGAUUUAAAUUAUAACAAUAUUAUUUAUGAUAAUAAAAAUAUAAAACAAAAGAACAAAAAGAACCUUUUUAAUAUAGAAAAAAUAAAGAGAAAUCAAAGUGUUGAUAUAAAAUGUUCUAAAAAGUUGUUGAAUAAUUUAAAUUAUAAUGAUAAUUUCAAUGAUAUAUUAUGUGAUAAAAAAAGAAAUAGAAGGUGUAUAUCUUUAAAUGUUCCCAAUAGACCUAAUAUAUUCAACCUAUCAUCUAAUGAUAUUGAUAAAAAAAUAUGCUCAAAUAAUAAUAAUAAUAAUAAUAAUAAUGAUGAGGAUAAUAAUUCUGAUAUGUCUAAUAUUUAUUUCUUUUCACAACAUAAUAAUAAAUAUGAUCAACUAAAUAAAAAUUAUAACAAGAAAGAUCUUUUUCUUUUAUUUUAUAAGACAGAGAAAAAACUUAUCGAUUUAUUAAAAAAUGUUAAACCUACUAAAGAUAUUAAAUUGAUAAAACAAAAUAUCUUUUGUUUAUUAUCCAAGUUAAUCAAACAUAUAUUAAAUUCUGAAAUAAAUAUAUUUACUGUGGGUUCUACUGCAUAUGGUGUGGAUUCUAAAACUAGCGAUUUGGAUAUUGUUAUACAAACUAAUUUAUAUAACCCUAAAUAUAUUUUACACAAUAUAUAUAAUUAUAUUAAUAAAAUUAAAGAAAAUAAUAAUAAAACAAAUAAUUUAAAAGAUGGAUUCAUAAAAAAUAUUAAUCAUAAUGACGAAAAUGAUUUUUCUUUUUUUCAUAAUGUAGAUUUACAACUAGUAGAUUCUGCUAGAGUUCCUAUUUUAACAUUAAAAAAAAAUAAAAUUGUUUGUGAUGUCUCUGUCAAUACAAAUAAUUCAUUGAAGCAUACAGAAUUCUUUUUAAAUAUUUUAACUCGUUUUCCAAAUUUAAAAAAUGUAAUGCGAGUCUUGAAAUUUUUUUUAAAAGUCAGAACACUACCAUCUAUGAAACAAGGAGGGUUGCCUACAAUUUUUUGGAUGAUGUUAUGUGUGAAAUAUUGUAGGAUAUCGAGAGGAAAUUAUGAAAAAAAUGAAAUAAUAAGAGAAAAUCCUGACAAAAAUGAAAUAAUAAGAGAAAAUUCUGACAAAAAUGAAAUUAUUAGAGAAAAUUUUGAAACAAAUGAAAUAAUUAGAGAAAAUUCUGAAACAAAUGAAAUAAUAAAAGAAAAUUCUUCUAUAAAUCAAGUGAUAAAUAAGGAUUUAUCACCACCAUAUGAGAAUCUUCCAAAUAUAAAUGACAAAGAUGAACUUCUUAUAUUAAAAAAGGAUACUUUAAAAAGUAAAAGGAAUGAUAAGUGUAAUUUAAAGAGAACUAGGAAUACAAAUGAUAACACAGAAAUUACACAGGAAUUAAGAAAAAAUUUUUAUUCUAGAUUAAAUAAUUGUGAUAUUCAAAAAAAUAUUCAAAGGGAUAAGUUAUAUAUUAAACAAACAAAUAUAGAAAAUAACAAAAUAAAUAAUAAUUUUAAUAAAGAUGAUGAUAAGGAUAAGCAUUUAAAAAUUAAUCAUAUAUCUAAUAACAUUCCUUUUGAUGAUAAAUAUAUACAUGAUUCUAAUAAUUUGGAUAAGUAUAACUAUCAUUGUGACGAUAAGUCAUCCAUGAGUGUGUCAAAUGUGUCACAUGUAUCGCAUGUAUCGCAUAUAUCACAUGAAUCUCAUAUAUCGCAUAUAUCACAUAUAUCACAUGUAUCGAAUUUAUCACAAAAUUUCGGUUCCUUUUAUUCUAGAAAGGAAAAAAAAUAUGACCUUAAACACUCACAUAAUACUAAUAAUUCUGACAGCGAUACCUUUUUGAAUGAAAAAAAAAAAAAAAAAAUGAAGAAAGAUAAUUAUACUAAUAAUACAAACUGUAAAGAUUUUUCUUUUAAACCGUCUCAUCAUUUUUUGAACUCAUCCUUUUUAAAAAGCGAAAAUAAUGAAAUGAGUGAUAUGAGUAAUUGUAGUCCCUGCGAAAAUAAUGCUGCUCUAUUUAAUAACCAUUUUGAUGAUCAUAAUAAAUUUCAUAAUUUAAAAAAAAAUAAAUCGGACUAUGACCCUAACAACAUUAAUCAUGAUCACCAUAGUGAUAUUAAUAGUCCUACAAGUUAUGAUAGCAACCUUAUAAGCAACCCAUCUAUUUAUUUUUCUACAUGCUCAACCUAUUCUUUUAUUAACCAAGAAAAUGUAGAUAAACGAUAUGUAAAAAAAAAAAAUAUUUUAAAAGUUAUACAUAAAAAUAGUGAAAUAAUAUCCAAAUACAUGAGUCUGAUUAAUAAGAAAAAUAAAGGGGAUCAUAAUUUAAUAGGAAAAGAAGAAAAAAUAGAAAAUGACACCAAGAAAGAUAUUAAAGAUAAUGUAUAUAAGGUUAUUUCAAAUGAGAAAAAUAAAUAUGACAGUAUUAAUAAUAAUAGUAGUAGUAAUAAUAAUAGUAAUGAUAACAAUUUUAAUAUUAAUACGAAUUAUUUGAUGAAUAUAUCUCCAUUGUUUUAUUCAUUUAUGAUUUUUUUUAAUCAGUUAAAUUCUCGAAAGAAACUAAUGAAAAUCAUAAAUAUUAUAGAUGAAGAUAAGUGUUAUGAUAAAGAUGAAAACGAAAUAAAUAAGAAAAUUUUAUCAAGUAUUUGUCAUGGAGGUGUGUGGGAUGAAUUACUAACUUUGUAUGAUCCUAUAUAUAGUUCUAAUUAUGAAUCUUUUAUUAAUAGAAAAAAAAAUGAUUAUAAUAAAAUUUAUAUGAAAGGUAUAGAAAUAAAUAAAAAUGUUCAGGAGAUGCAAUCUAAAGGAAAUAACACAACAACAAAUAAUAGUAUAACUAAUUAUAAUAAUAUAGAGAGGAAUGAUAUGAGUAAAAAAUUUGGAGAUGCCACAACUAGGAAUACUUAUAGUGACAGAAUUACAGCAGGAAGUUAUUUUAAUUAUAAUAAUGAUGAAAAUAAUAAUAUACACAAUGAUUUGAAUGAUAUUGAUAAUGUUGAUGAUGUAGAUGAUUUUAAUAAUUCAUGUAAUGCUCAUUUAUAUCAUACCAAUUCUUUUCAAAACAAUCUUCAGGGGAACACUUCCUGUUACCAUAAAAAAAAUGAACAUAUAAAUAAUAAUAUAGAUACAAUAUGUCGUAAUAAAAAUCUUUUAUUAAAUAAUAAGGGGGAAGCUAAUCAAGAUAAGAAUAACUAUAAUUAUAUAAAUGAAAAUAAUACAUUGUCUGAAAAAAACUUUUCUGCUUGUUCUAUUUUAAAAAAAAAAAAUAUGUAUCAACUUAAUAAAAAAUAUAAUAAUUUUCCUAGUGUGUCUCAAAAGAAUGAUGAUAAAUAUUCAGAGCACAACAAUAGCAAUUCGUUAUAUAAUAAUGAUGAUGUAUUUCAUUGUAUAAAUAAAAAGAAGAGUAAUAGUUUUAUUAACAAUUAUAAAUCUAAUAAUAUGAACAAUGGAAAUAUAAACUUGAACAAUGAAAAUAAUAGGAGUAGAAACAAUGUGAGUAUGUCUUCAAAUAUAAAUUAUAAAUAUGAUAUAUUAAAAGAAGACAUGAUACAUUUUAAAAAUGAGUAUUCUAAUUAUAAUGAUAAAUCAUCUUUAUUAAAAAAUUUAAAAACUGAUAAUUAUACAAAUGAUGAUAUAUAUAUAAAAAAAAAAAACAAAAGUGGUUCCUUUACAAAUAAUAAGACCACAACAGAUAUAACGACAUAUACAAAUUCUUCGUCAUCACAAUGUAAUAAAAAUAAAACGAAUAUGAAUAAUGAUCAUAGCAUUAAUAAUUAUUAUAUAAACACAAAAGAUAAUAUUCAUAAUAAUUACAAUUAUAAUGACAGUUAUGGAAUCCACCAAAAGAUUUAUGACAAUAAUUCCAUUUCAUGUGAAAAUAAUCAUAACAUGAAAAAUGGUAGUAAUUUGAGUAGUCAUCAUCAUAGUGUUUAUGAAGGAAGACAGACAUAUAAUAAUAAGUUAAAUAAAAUGAAUCAAAUAAAUCAAAUAAAUCAAAUAAAUCAAAUAAAUCAAAUAAAUCAAAUAAAUCAAAAUAUGUGUAAUUCUUUUUCCUCCGAUAAACAACAAUCACAUAUUAACAGUAAUAUUAAUAGCAAUAAUAAUAGCAAUAUUAAUAGCAAUAUUAAUAGCAAUAAUAAUAGCAAUAAUAAUAGCAAUAUUAAUAGCAAUAAUAAUAGCAAUAAUAAUAGCAAUAUUAAUAGCAAUAAUAAUGUUAGGGUGAAUAAUAAUUAUUAUUAUUGUGAUUAUUCUAAAUUUGAUUCAGAAGAUUUAAUAUAUAAAUAUUAUAAUAAUCCAAGUAAUAACAGAAAUCAUAUUAAAAAUAUAAACAAUGUAGAAAAAAAAUAUGAACAUAAUAUAAAUUUGGCUAGUAAAGUUAGUAGUGCAACAUGGUUAAUUUAUUUAUAUGAAUUAAAGAGAGCUAGCUUUUUUAUUAAUUACUAUUUUUAUCAUCUUUAUUUAUUUAUUUAUUUUAAAAAUUAUUUUAUAAACUAUGAAAAAAAUUACAAACUAUUUCAAAAUAAUAAAUGGAUCAUAAUCAAGAGAAAUCAUGACACACAAAAGAAAAAGGAAAAAUAUUUGGAUAUUAUAAAUAUGAAAAAGCCACAAAUGAAUGUAGACACAUCUUGUAUUUCAAAACAAUUAAAUGAUAUCAUAGCUCAAAAUUUACAGAAUAAUAAUGAUCAUAUAAUUAAACAGUGCAAGGAAAUAAAUAUAAUCGAUCAAGAAAAUUAUAAAAAUGAUAAUGAAUCUCAUUAUGAUAUAUUCAAGAGAGACAUGAAUGAAAUAAUAAAAUGUACGGUUCAAAAUUUAAAAUACUGUAUAGAUGCAUUAUUUGAAAAAACGAAAGGAGAUAUUUAUAGCUUACCAUAUAAAAAAAAUAAAGAAAAAAUAAAAAAUAAUAAUAAUAAUAAUAAUAAUAAUAGUAAUAGUACUUGUAGUAGUAGUAGUAGUUCUUUUAAUACUAGGACAAAUAUCUCCUCCCAAUUAAAUAAUAUUGAAUCAUUUUUAUAUGAACAAAAUUGUAAACGAAAUAAUAUAAAUAAAGAUACCAUGACAAACAGUUAUGGGUUAAUCUUAAUAGAAGGGAAAUUAAUUUUUGUCAAGUUUUUAUAUAUUUGUAUUGAUAAAGAAAGAUUCUGGGAUGAAAAUUUUUUAUGUAGAAGGGAUAUAAGAACGGUAAUACAUGUAAAGGCUUUAGAUGUGCUUUUUAUCUCGAAAAAUAAAAUGAAAAAAAAUAUAAAAAAAAUUAAAAAAAUAAAAAAAAUAAAAAACAAUAAAACAAAUAACGAAAAAGAUAACCAUAUACACAACACAAUAAAUGAAAACAUUUAUAAUAAAGAUAUCAAUUUGGAUUUAGAACAAAAUUAUUUUACAAAUAAUAAAUCUUCACAAGAAUUCUCAUCAAGUAAUACAUCUAACAUAGAUGAUAAUAUUUUAUCAGAUGAUAUCACAUCUUGUGAACAAAAAAAUAAUAUAUUGAACGAUUCAAAUGUAAUACAUCAACAAACAUAUGAUAUAAUAAAUACCAACUUACUAAAAAAACAAAAUAAUUUUGAAGAAGAUAUUAUUAUGUGUAUUAACACAAACAAAAAAAAUGAUAAUCAUGUACAUGACGAUAUAAUUAAUUUAUGGAAAUGUAAAAAAGAAAAUGAUCAAUCCAAUAAUUUUAUCUAUAAUAAUAAAAAUAAUUAUAUAGGAAUUCUCAUGGAACAAAAUUCGAGGCAAGAGAAUAUCUUCAUAAAUAAUUCUAAACUUGAUAUAGAAAAAAAUAAAUAUAAUGACGAAAAUAUUUUUUCAAUAAAUCCUUGUAACUUUGUAACAAGGAUUAAUAUUAAAACUAUUUAUUUAUCAGGAAAACAUAUUCAUGAUGAUUUAAAAAAAAAAACAUUAUUACAAAAAAUAGAUAUAAAAAAAGAAUUUAAAGAUGAUGAAAAAAUGAAUAAGUUUUUAUCAAAUCAAAAAGAUAUAAGUGAUGAAGAAAUAUACUGCUUAAGAAUUAUUAAUAGAAAUGAAAUAAUGAGAUAUAAAGAAUUAAUAAAAAUUAUGAAAAAAUGUCCAUAUUAUUAUAAAAAUGCAAAAAAUAUUUUAAAUAAUUUUAAUACACCAUUACAACAACCAGUAAAUUUAUGUAAUUUCUGUGGUAUAAAAGGAAUGUCUUGUAAUAUCAAAACCAAACAUUAUAAAAUGUCAUCACUACAAGAACAUGUAAAAAAGGAAUUUUAUACUUUUAUAUAUCAUAUAUUUUAUAAAUAUCAAACGGAAAAUAUUCAUAAUAGUAAUAAUGUUGAAGAUCAUAUUAUAUGUAACCAUUCAAGCAAAUUCAAACGUAUUAACAAAAAAAAAAAAAAUAAAGAAUUAUCAAAAAAAUCUCACAACAAUAUAUUUAAUCAUACAAAAGUAACAUCAAGUGAUAACCAACAUAAAUGUUUUAGUGAUACGAAUGAUGAGGGGAAAAAAUUAUCAAAUAAUUAUAAAAACUGUUCAUUGGAUAAUAUACAUAAUAGUGAGCAUAAUGAAAAAAUAUUAUCAGAAUUAAAAAAUAAUCGACAGGAUAUGCAUGAUCAUGAUAUAUAUAAUGUUGUUGAAGAGAUAGAACAUACAACAUAUAAUAAUCAAUAUAAUUAUAAAGACAUACAAGUAGAUAAUCAUUAUGAGAACAAUAAAUUGAUUGAAAAUAAUAUAAAAAAUGAAUUAUUACAUCAAAAUGAGAUGAACAAGGAAAGUAUAAAUAAUAAAAAUACAUUUCCUAUUAAGGAAAAACAAAUUAUAAAUCAUAACAAAGUGAUAAAAAAUAAUAUUUUGUCAGAAUAUUAUAAAAUAAAAAAAAGACAAAAAUCUAUUGAUAAAAUAUCCAAAUUAUAUAAAGAUGAAAUUAAAAAAAAAAAUAAUCAUUUUAUACCUCAUAAUAAAAAAAUUAUCAGAAUUAAUAAUACAAUUAAUUGUUUAGUUGGACAAAGACCACAAACCAAUUUUCUACUUUUAAAAAAAAAUCAUUUAAAUACAACAACGGAAAAUAUAGCAACAAAAAUUGUAACAGGUGUACACAAUAAUAAUUUAAAUAAUGUAAGUGUUAAAAAAAAAAGUUCAGUAGAAAUGGAAGAAAAUAAUACUAAUAGUAUAUCAUGUUUUUAUAAAUUUAAUAAGUUCUAG